AUGUCAACGUCACCAGGAGUCUUCUCGUCAUUCCCGUAUGAUUCCCCUGAUUUUUUCACAUUCAAUGCACCGUUUGCAAAGUCGAAGAGACCACGGUCAGUUGUAUCUCCCCUGCAAUCUUUUCAAGCGUUGAAAAAGAGACGUACAAAGUAUGAUGAGCAGACAUUUACGUAUCAGAUAUCGCAAAGAAUAUUACAGGGAGGAGCUUCGAUCCCUGAUAUUGUCAUAAUGCAGGCCCAUCUCCAAAAAUUGCAUCUAAAUGACAUCAUUAAUGAGAUAAUGAAGGCAGGGUACAUGGAGCACGGUUCACUAGAUAUCAAAUAUACACGUCUGUUAAGCUUGACUGAUAACAGUUGGCCAACUGUAAUAUUUACUUUCCCUUGGAACAGCCAUGAAUUUGCCUCAACACUCUACAGGGUAAUAAGGUCGGGAAAUGUGUCCAAGAAUAUCACAUGGAUUGGUGUUACACCAAGCACAUGGAACGAUUUAAAUGAUUUACCAUUUCCGCUCGUUCAAGACAGUGACGGACGUAUCUCUCGCAAGUUAGGCAUGUUAGAUCCCCUUGGUGGUGAUGUUUACCCCUUAAACAGUAUCAUAAUAUUUGAUAAGAAUGGUGUGGAGACUAUUCGACUCAGACUAAGGUAUGACAGCGGUUUAUAUUAUGACUUCGGAGAAGGUCAUUCACUUCCGGAAACUUUGUCUGAUGUGCUUAACUAUUGCAGUGAAUGA